AGAGAGGCGUGACAACAGAACUGCACGAUUUAGUUUGCAACUUUGCACGAGACAAGAGAGAGUUGUGGUGAAAACAGCGAUAUAACAGACGGACAGAGUUUGUAGAGUUGUGAGCUGAAUGUAAACCGAGUUGAUGAUCCUUUUUCUGAGAGCUUUGGUGACUAACCCGUAACUGGUUUUCAGUUGCUGGACAAAGCCACUAGGGGGCAAUGUCUGAUAACAGCAACAGUGCCAAUGGCAACACCCAGACUCAUCUUACUCCAGAGGUAAAGGAGUCUGGAGUUGAGAAUGUGGGUCCAGUAGCUGAAAGUACUAAGAUUGAGGGAGAGACAUCCUCUUCAACAGCACCUGAGCCUUCAACAGAGGGCCAUAAUGACCUGGUGCAGCACUCCUCUGAAGCAGCUGAGCUCCAGCCUCAGGCAAAGCCAUCAACCCAGGAGCAGUCUGAUCCAGCUCACACCCAUGCGUCAGAGCAUGCAAAGGAAAAUCAGCCUCCAGAGCUACCUCAGGUAACGCCUCCAGAAACCAGUGAGGGUCAAGCCCAACUAAAUGCAGCACAUGUCAAUGAGGACUCUACCUCUGUCAGCAGCACUGUUGAGGACCUCGGCUCCUGGACCGCUGACCAUGAGGAAUUAAGUGCCCUUUCAGGUUACUCGGAGAGCCUAGUUUCUCCCAGAACUGAUGGCGAUUCAUUCUCUGACUCGUUCACACACACACAUCCUAUCUCUGGAUCAAGCACAUUUCCUGCCUCAGUUUGUCAGGGAGGAGAGGAAUUUAAAACCGAGGAGUCUCAUCUUAGAAAGACCAUAACAGAAGAGUCCAAGCCAGAUGUAGAAGUGUUGGAAACAAAAGGAAAGGAGGGAGAUGUUUUACGAAAGAGGAACAUCUCCCACCUGGGCUCUUUGGACCAGGGCAAGACUGAGGAAGAUGAUGAUGAAGAGGGGGAUGAGGAAGAGUUCCAACCCCCUCAAAGAGAGGAGGAAACAUUCUUUUCUUUGAACAAGUGCAUCCUUGCAGCUGUCAUUCUUUUAGGCCUAGCAGCCAUUUUCUUCUCUGGUUUGCUCAUGGACCCGGAUGACGAAGGGGACAUUGAUGUUGGAGAGCUGAAAGAUCCUACAAAUCAGGAGUGGCUGAAUCCUGAGGUCUCCAGAGACACACCUGUAGGUCUUCAGCCUCCAGAUAUUUUAAGCAAACAGGCAAAGGAUGAUCAGCAAAUAUUGGUACUACAGGCACAGCUUCAGCAACAUCUAGUUGAACUGAAAGCAGCUCAGCUUCGGGCAGAGGAUGGAGAGAAAGAGCGUGUGAAGAGAGAAGAGCUGGAGAAACAGUACCAGAAGAUAAAAGGAGAACUAGACAGGCUACCUGCUUUUCAGAAAGAGCUGGAGCAAGAGAACGUGAGAAUGAAAGAAGAAAGUGAGAGAGCAAAGAGAGAGCUGGAGGCCCUGCCAUUACUGCACAGAGAACUGGAUCAUCUGAGACAGACUGUUUCACAGAUUACACAAAGCACAGGACAAGCAGAACCUGUGCAUCCUGUUGCAGCCUCUGGGAUGCCCUCUACUGGAGACUUAAGAGAUGUUCCACCCAUAGAAAGGCAAGAAAUUAAGAUCAAGAAGCAUUGGGAUAAAAAGAGUGGGGAGAAAGAAAAAAGCAUGGGAGAAAUUGAAUGUCAAAAGAAAAAAUGUGGAAAAAAUGAAAACAAACAGAUGAUGGAAAAGAAAGAUUGGAAAGAAGGUAAACGCAACCAAGAGGAGGGCAAAGAUGAAAAAGAGUGGAAGGAGGACAAAAAACUAGAGGAUGGUCAAAUGCGAAAAGAAAGUGGAGAAAAGAAAGCUUUCAAAGAGUGGGAGGAGAAAAAAGAAUGGAAAGAAGAUAAAAAGUGGAUGAAAGACGAACAUGGAGAACAGGAUGAAAGGAGAUUAGACAAGAAGGACUGGAAAGCGACUGGGAACAAGGAAGUGAAAGGGGAAAAAGAAUGGAAACAAAGAGGGGAGCGAAGAAAUGAGAAGGAAUGGAAACUGAGAGGAGAGCGAAAAGAUUGGAAAGAGGAAAAAGAAUGGAAAAACGAUAAAGAGGGUGGCCACAAUGGCCAUAAAGAAAGAAAAGAAAAAAAGAAAGAAUUGAAAGAGAAAGGUGAAAAGGAGUCUAGAAAAGGAAAGAGUGAGGGAAAAGUGAAUGAGAAAACCGAGAAAAUUUGGAGAGGUGAGAGAGAAUUUCCCAAAGAGUUUGGUGGAAAGGAAAUGGAGGAAAAGCAUUGGGUAAAGAGAGGAAAAGAGAAGGAGUGGUCCAAAGAUGGAAUGUGGAAAAGAGAGGGAAUAAAGGAAGCGAAAAAGAACAAGGCAUACUACUAUAAAAAUGAGGCGAAGAAUAGUCACAAUGAAAAAGAGAAACAACACAAGGAUGAAAAGGAAUGGAGCAAUAAGGAGCGACACAGGCAUGGACCAACAGAUGAGACGUCCAAACAUCACAAUCAUGACCAUGAGAACUACUGGGCCAAACAAAGAAAGAGAAUACAGCACUAUCACAGGCAGCGGGAGACAUGCAGUGGUGUAGCAGACUGCGCUCGAGCAGAAGGUCUCUCUCCAGUCAGCCUAAAUGACUUUGAGAUGCUUCUCCAGGAAUACUUGGCCAAGCUCCAGGAUCCAGAGGACCAAACGUCCAGGAAGGAAAAGCUUAGUAAGUUGGUGAAGGAGUUCUUCACGAAUGGCGUGUUUGCUCAUGAUCAGAUGCCAUUCAGAGAGUUUGUUGAAGAUGUUGGGGACAUUUUAGAGGACUUGGCUGAAGGAGAGGAGAGCGAGGUAGAGGACAGCAAGGAAGACAAUGAUGAGAUGGAGGAAUUCGAAAGGGAGGCGAUGGAGAAAUUUGCACUACCAGAGGAAGUGGGAAAGGUCUAGAAGAAGGGAGAGAGGAAGAAACAGAGUGGAAGAGUAAAACAUUUAAGGGUCCUGAGUGAUGGAAACAUCUAGAGACUUUAUGUCCUGACUUCUGGCUUUGGAACAGAGAAUGUAUAAUACCCAUAUUGAUCUGUUCAUACACCAAUAAGGCUACGUGUUUUCAUUAAAACAGCAUUUCUAUUCAACCACUGGCUUCUGUAAUGGUGUCCUUCCUCAAAACAUAGCAGCUGUUCAUGCUCGCAUUUCCUUUGCUUUUAUGUGAAAAUGUCACUUGACCUGCUUAUUUGACCAUUAAUAAAGAUGAUGCAUUAAGAGUCUGCUAUUCAGUCAUCCCCAAGUCAGAAACCAAUACUGACAGAGGGAAGGAAGUCAGGAGCAAUAUCAAACAGUUUUCUUGGAACUGAUCUGCCAAUGUUGACUUUAUAGCAGUGACAUGCUUUCUGUUGUUUAAAUGUGGUACAUCUCACCCACAAUUGGAAUGUUUGUCCAUUUUAUUUAUCUGAAGAAUGUAGUUUUGUUGAGUUUGAGUUACAGUACAACAUUUUAUGGUCUGGGAUUUGUGUUGUACUCUUAUUACUCUAAUCCUAAAAAUAGUCACGUAACUGUUACAUGUUGAGGCUACAUAAUGAAUACGUUUUAAGAUUAUAUUUGGCUUAAACUUUGUGUACAAAAACUGAACAGAAUUGUUUUGGGAGACUGAUAAAGUUUCUAUUUAUCAUUUCUUGUUCAUACUUUUGUUGUGCUUAUUUAAAUUUUUUUAUUAUUUUGUUCCUUGUCAGGGUUAGGACUCCCAGCCUAAAGUGUUGCACUAUUAUUUAUAUUUAAUGGAAGAUAUCUUUGGUAAAUAACAUAGAUUGUCUUGACCUUUUUUAUUGGUAAAAAAGUGAUGUUUUAGCCAACAAAAAUAUUCUUAAAAUUAUUUUAGUUUACAUUGUUGUGAAGAUUGUUUGUUAAAGAUCAACAAUUUUGUCUUUUUAAGGUUGUGUAAUUCAUCUUUAUUCUUUUUACGUAUCAUUUAAAAGGUCCCCAUUGCAGUUGUCAAACUAUUUUCUGUCAGGCAAAACUGCUUGUAGCUCUGUAAUCUAGCUUCACAGAUUCUGUGCAGGGUUAACUUUUGAAUGCAAAAAAGUAAAGUAUUAUAAUCAAGCAAUCAAUAUAGCAUGAUAAUGAACUACUACAUAAAGGCACCAUGUAGAGUUUUGUCACUGACUACUAAAUUGUAAUUUGAUUGCCAUAAUUGGAAAAAAAAAAAGGUGCAACAGAUUAAAGUAAUAAAUGUUAUUUGCCUUUUUAUGUUAGCUGGUUAAACACUGACAGUUGCCACAGUGCAAGUGGAGUUCAAGUGGUUGUGCUAGUUGGAAAUGUUGCUAUGAAAUUUUUACAGAAUAAAUGAAUACAAACAGUUA